CAACAAAAUGUGAUGGCGUUGCAGCGGUCCCUUUAAGAACCAGGCAGCGGCGUAUUCGUCACCAUGACGACGAGCAAAGACAAAAAGGACGAAUGUUCUUGAAGUGUAGCAGCAAAGUAGUUCAUAAAGUCGCAGAAUUGUUUCUUAUGGAGGUGAAAUUUUAUUUGCCGACCGAUAAACAGCGAUAGGAAGCGGAGCCCGACCGUUGUGGUCGCUGGAGUGUUGCCAGGAUUCAGCGUGAUGGUGGGUUCACACUGAGCUGAGCUACAAACUUACCGGUGGGGAGAAAAAAAUGAGCAAAAAACCAAACGUCUCAGAGGUGGAAGAGCACAUUUCUGUCAAAUAUGAAAUCAAGAAGAGAAUUGGGAAAGGGGCCUACGGCAUCGUAUGGAGAGCUGUUGAUAGACAGACUGGAGAGAUUGUGGCAGUGAAAAAGAUCUUUGAUGCAUUCAGGAACAGAACAGACGCCCAGCGAACGUUCAGAGAAAUCAUGUUCCUUCAGAUACUGACUUGCACGCUGUGAUAAAGAAAGGCUCUCUUCUGAAGGACGUCCACAAGCGUUAUGUGAUGUACCAGCUCCUCAAAGCCAACAGAUACCUCCAUUCAGGAAGUGUUAUUCACCGAGACCAAAAGCCUUCCAACGUGCUCCUGGAUUCAGACUGCAUCGUCAAGCUCUGUGACUUCGGCCUGGCCAGGUCCCUCAACCAGAUCCAAGAGGACAGCGGCAACCCGGCGUUGACGGAGUAUGUGGCCACGCGGUGGUACCGGGCGCCUGAGAUCCUGCUUGGAUCCACGAGGUACUCUAAUGGUGUGGACAUGUGGAGUCUCGGCUGCAUCCUGGGAGAAAUGCUGCUUGGAAAAGCCUUGUUCCCUGGAACGUCGACCAUCAACCAAAUCGAGAAGAUCAUGAGUGCCAUACCUAACCCAAGCCCAGAGGAUGUGAUCGCAAUCAGAUCGGAAUAUGGCUCUUCCGUCAUUCAGAGAAUGUUACUGAAACCUCAGGUGCCUUUAGAGGAUCUCCUCCAGCCGUCUGUGCCUCCCGAUGCUAUCGACCUGCUGAAGAGAUUGCUGGUUUUCAACCCAGAUAAGCGACUCACCGCAGAUCAAGCCCUUCAGCACCCAUAUGUAGCCAGGUUUCAUAAUCCAGCCAAAGAACCAGCUCUCAACUACGAUGUAGUACUGCCAGUGGAUGAUGAUGUUCAGCUAUCUGUGGGUCAAUACCGCAACAAGCUGUAUGAGAUGAUACUGGAGAGGAGAACCCACCACGGGAUGCUGAGACCACCCAAGGAUGGAGCUGAUGCAGGUAGCCAGGAGAAAAGCAGUGUGAGGCGCGGUAAAAGAGAGGAGGACCCAGUAGCAGCUAAUGGUCAUGGCGAUGGGGGGAAAACGCAGCAUGAGCCGACCGACAAGACAAACCAUACAACCGCACCACCAGGUGUCACCAAAACCGGGGCUGCAACUUCGUCAGCCGUGGAGAAGAUGAGCCCAGUUAGCCGUGGCUUAGGGAAACCGACAUAUAACCCCAUCACACACACCCCAAAUGGUUUUGUUCGCUCUCCAGUUGGUGCAACUCAUUACGCUCAGUCUUCUGCAGCUGGCAGGAAAGCAGCAGCACAGAUCAGGAGUGAGAGUGAAACUACACCACCAGCAGAGUGCAGCAGCACUGUUGUAUCCAUGGACCAGAUUCUGCAGCGUGGCCGCUCAGCCCCUGUGGCCCAUAACCACGCCUUCUCCUUGAGCCUGAACCAAACCCACAACAACCCUUUAGUCCGAAAGGAGGAGGCGUCUCUGUCCGCAGGGCUGCACAUCAGUUCAGCUCGCCUGCACCGACGCUCCAAUCCUCAGGUUCGCGAGGCUCAGCCAGGAGCACGAUUCAGCAAGAAAGUGUUCCAGAACAACAGCAACGUUGGUGCUGCUGGAGACCCCCGGGCCAAACUAGGCAGCUAUUCCCAGGCCUACGGCACCAUCAACAAGACAGACCUGGACAAUCUUCUUCGAAACCGAGCUCAUAAUCAUUAGCUUCUGUAAGGUUGAUGCUUACACAAGAGCUGGACGUGCGUGAAAAGAACUGUUUAAAUUUAACUCACUGAGACACACUUUUACAAUUCUUGUCUGACGGUGACAUCUGUUACGUUUUUCAAACGGAAACCUCUGGCCUUAUUUGAGUAAAUUGUUUCUGUACAUUUAAUGAAACCGUGUUUCUGUCUAAGCUAAUAAAAACUGCCAACAGCAGUGCUGUAUAGCCCAAAAAC